GGAUCACUGUAAGAAGGUUGAAACAGUAUGCUAAAUAUCGCAGGAUUGUUAGUUAGAAGAAGUGUUGUUGAUGAAGAGGAGUCUCGAGAUGCCGUGGAGUCAAAAUAACAACGACUUCGAUGGCUUGUUUCUCUGCGAGUUUCUAACAGAAUGUCAUCUUCCUGAAACAGCUGAAAUCGUGGAAGGAUAUGAAUCAAACAAUUCAAUCCAACGAUCGUGGUCUCAAGGCGAAAUUGUGCACCUUCACGCCAUGAAAGAUCUACCUCAAGCACUUGCUCGCGAUCAGAAGGGGAAUUUCUACAAGAUUCCCCUAAAUUAUCCUGACAAAAUAUUUGAAAGUAUUCCAAACAGAUGCAACCACGAGUAUGAAACCGUCCAAGACCUUAUUGACGACUUUCCGAAAUAUGUUCGCUCGCUCUACAAUAUACCUCAAAGUAACAUCAACGCCGGCGACAUACUUUCGCUUCAAGAAGCUUCACCAAGUAGUCAAGGCCGCACGGAACUUAAAUGCAAGGUGGUUGGGACAAAAAGGCCGAUAUUCCUCUCUUGUGAACAGCGAGGACAUUUCGAGACCCUUGAGGAAGUUCAUCCUUCUUCUUUAAGAGACGUCACAGAUCGACAUAUUCUGCCAACUCGAGUGCGUGUUCGUGCAGGUUCCAUCGGGAAGUUUAUCGGAGAAAAGCGCAUCGAGAAGAGCCUUACGAUUGUUAUCAAGGAGAUAGUAAAGGAAAAGGUUUUAAUAGCUUACACCUUAAUCGGAAAGCAUUUGAAUGUCUUGACAAUUCCAAUUAGCUUGGAAGUUCUAGUCAGACGAAUCGAGUCAAACAUAGAUCCAAAGGUGCUCGCUGAAAUUUGUCAGCUGAUCGACAACAAAAUAAAUAUUGAGUCAGUAAUCACAGGCCGAGACGAAGAUGCAUCAUGGCUUUUUGAGAUCGGUCAGUGCGUUGAAACCUGUAGUGUAUCGUCGGAUGAUGAAACUUAUGACGAAAUAGCUCCUCCUGUUCCAUCACGAACACCAACAAAGACAAUUUCAGGUCAAAAAACAACGGUGGACAAAUCACAAUUUGAGGAUCGAUAUACAGCACCACCCAAGCCUUUUGUCAACAAGGCAGCCGUUGGAUCGGCUGCCCCUCCAGUCGCCAAGAAGCCACCCAAAGCAAAACCAUCGCAAGGGAAAUCUUUAGUCCUAAACAAUGAAGAGGAAGAGGCUCUAUACGAUGAUAAUUAUGAAUGCCUUUCAUUCAACAAGUCCAAAUCUACAAAAGCAUAUCCUGAGGAUCAAAAGAAGAGCCUGAACCUGGUUUUACCUCCAGUUGCCAUAAGGCCAAAUGUGACUCAAAAUAAGAGACCUCUCAGCAAGGAGGAACGGCCCCCAACAUAUCUUUCCCCUGGUCAGUCUGCUUCUUCUUCCAAACCGCAACUUGCCAAAAAGCCUACGGUAAAACCUGCUUUAAAAAUUGGAGAGGUACAGCCUCCAAGCUCUCACCACCCUGUUUCACCAACUGUGGCGUCCGCUGGACUAAAUAAUGAGAAAAGUGCACCGACCACCCCUACCAAGUCGACUUCGCACAAGGCGGAAUCAUCAGUUGAUUUCACCCCUUCCAGAACAGUUUCCAGUGUCAGGAACCCAAGAGAUAAUGGUGGAGCUCGAGAUACAUUGAGCCAAGAACUUCGGAAUGAGCUCACGGUGAACGAAGUCUGUGAAUGGCUAACCAAGCUAGGUUUGGGCCAGUACGUUGAGACUUUUGAACAAGAAUCAGUCGACGGAAAACUUUUGCUAGAUGUGGAUGAAGAAAUGAUGAAAGAUCUUGGGAUCUCCAAUGCAUUGCAUCGAAGAAAGCUCACCAAAUUUAUCCGAGACGGUUGGAUUCCUAAAACCUCUUGAGGAAGAUAGUCACGAAUGCCUGAAAUUGACGAAGUAAUUAGAACUAAAAUCAAAUUCUAGGGCAUUGUCUUUAAACAUGUGACGCAGACUUGAUCAAAACUGGAUGCAAAAAUUACUCAAGUUCGCUUGUUAUUGUCUCUUUGGGAAAAUACAAAAACUACAAAUGUAAAUAAGAGGGAAAAGUUCUUUAACAGAGUUAAAGCAUUUUCGACAGUUGCAUUAAAAAUGCCGGCUCGGGGGCUUCAUCGAGA